UUGGUACCUCCUGAUGUCCCUGAAGUGGAGUCUAUUUUGGACGAACGCUCAAUCAUAUCAAUGGCUCUCUUCAGGAGUCUCAUAGGGAAUGACAGGGCCCUCGUUCGCCAACGGGAUGAUGCCAUCGCCAUGGCCCGCAAACUUCAAAGAGACAUCCCUUCUCAGGAAACUACACAAUGGCACCUGGAACAGCAGACCAUGCGCAUCCAAUUUGUCUUUGGUACAUUGCUGCCAGAGCGAAAGUUCAUCUUCAACGCAUUCAUGAUCAAAUUUGACGCGCUUGUCUGGCUAGAUCAAAGAAGAUGGGAGAAUCGUAUCUCUGAGUAUUGGCAGAGGUACAGGGACGCGCUGCUGGAACCCAUUCUUGACCAUACAAGCACACAGCUUACCUGGAUCGCGCAGGGCAAAUCCGUCAUGAAUAUGCACGUGAUCAAUGGAUAUACCCACUGGGCGCCUUCCUUACCAUACUCACCAUUGGUUUCAUCCCAUGCAAGCCGCGCACGAUUCAGGAUAUCUGCAGCCCAUGGACCUGAAUCCAGAGAGGAUCGGCACAGGGGAUGCUAA